ACAGUACUAAAUGAUCUGUGCCAUCUUAACACCAACUCAACACAUCACAGUCACACAUCUAAAAAAACAAACAAAAUCUAAAUUCCAACACCAACCGAUUCAAACCAAUCUCCAACAACACUUAACAAUAACAACAAAUCCAACCCUUUAUGUUUCAUCACAUGGGUAUCUCAAAAAUUCAAUCUUUCACUCUCAAACAAUAAAAACCCAUAUUCUUUCUUUUCAAGAUUCAAAGUUGUUAACUUUAUCACUCUCACAACCCUUUUUCCAAAAAUCCAUGACACCCUUUAAUUUUUUCUUUCUAUUAUACUUUCUAUUCAUUCCAACAAGUGGUUAUUUCCAACCACUUGAAGAUGAUGGGUUCAUCUCUGGUGUUAUAUCUAAUAAAGGUCUUGAUUUUGCUAAGGAUUUGUUGAUAGAGAAAGGUAUUGAUACUAUUGUUCUUCUUAAGUUGCCUGAGAUUGAGAAUACUGCACAAGUGGCACUUGUUGGAAAUGCUAAGGUUGUUCUUUCUGAUAUUACAAUUAAGGAUGUUCAAGUUAAUUCUUCUUCUGUUGUUAUUGGAGAGAGUGGUAUAGUUGUAGUUGUUUCAGGUGCUACUGUUGAUUUGAGUAUGAAGUGGAAGUAUACUGUGAGUUCUUGGUUGAUUGGAAUUUCUGAUCAUGGGACUGCUUCAAUUAAGGUUGAAGGCAUGCAAGUGGGACUUACAUUAAAUUUAAAGAACCAAGAAGGAGGUCUUAAGUUGAGUCUCUUAGAUCAUGGAUGCUAUGUGGGUGAUUUAUCUAUAAAGUUGAACGGUGGGGCAGCUUGGCUUUACCAAGUGCUAAUAGAUGCUUUUCAAGAGAAUAUAGCAUCUUCAGUGGAAGAGGGCAUUUCAGAUAAAAUAAAAGAAGGGAUAGAAAAGCUUGAUAAUUCUUUGCAAACUCUUCCUAAGCAAAUCGCGUUAGACAAAACUGCUGCACUAAAUGUUUCUUUUGUUGGCAAUCCCGUGUUGACUAAUUCCUCUCUUGCAAUUGCAAUUAAUGGUUUAUUCACAAGGACAAGUGAGAUUUUAGUACCUCGAAGUUACAAGAAUGGAUAUAAGGUUUCUUCUGCCUGUGGUGGUUUACCAAAAAUGAUAAAGGUUUCGAUACAUGAAAAUGUAUUAAAAUCUGCUUCUCUAGUUUACUUCAACGCAGGUAAAAUGCAAAUAAUUAUCGAUGAACUACCUGAUCAGAACCUUCUGAACACUGCUGAAUGGAGAUUUGUAGUUCCUCAAUUAUACAAGCGAUAUCCAAAUGACGACAUGCAGAUUAAUAUCUCUGUAUCUUCUCUACCAGUUAUACAAGUGGGCUACCAAGAUAUUGGUGCUACUCUUUCUGUAGAUAUAACAAUCGAUGUUCUAGAAGGUGGCGAAGUCAUUCCUGUUGCAUGUAUAUCAGUGGAUGUUAGUGCUUCAUGUGGUGUGGAAAUUUUAGGAAACAACAUUGCUGGUAGACUUACAUUACAAAAUUUUUCUGCAUACUUGAAAUGGAGCAAAAUAGGAAAACUGCACAUACAUCUUAUUCAGUCACUGAUAUCAAGCACCCUCAAAACAGUUGUCCUACCAUACUUGAACCUCCAAUUAAAGAAUGGAUUCCCAUUGCCAACUAUUGAUGGUUAUGGAUUUCAGAAUACUAUUAUCUUGUACAAUUAUCCAUGGAUUUCAGUAUGUAGUGAUGUUUCCUUCAUAGAUGAAGACUACUAUCUUAUUCAACAUUCAACUUAUGUAUCAUAAAACUACUCUAAAGAAUUUUUCUGCUGUAUUUUCUGUGUUAAGAUAUUUGUAAAGUAUGAAGAAUGUGCAUAAUGUAUGUAGAUAUAAGAAAUUAUGUGUAUAUAUCACCAUUAGUAUGCCAUUUGAAUCACUAAUUGACCAUUGGUAAAAAACGGCCAUAAUUUGUUUCAUAUAUGUUCCGAAAGCAAAUUUCUGAAUUUCAAAUAUGUAUUAGGGAAAUUAAAUUUUGCAGUAGUUGAUUUAUUUUGAACUUUUUGCUGUUGAGUCUUCAAGAUGUGUUAGUUUAGUAAAUGCUAAGAAUUUGACUUUUUAACUUUAGGACAAAGUUCAAAUUCUGUUGUAAUAUAGUCAUUAGUGUCACCGUUAUAAAUAAUUCUUUCU